UUCACUACGGCGGAGUCCGGAGUGCGGGCAGUUGGUCAACACUCUCCAUUAGUCUAUCAACACGUUCAAAGCCUGUCAAGAACAAGUAAUUUACGUAGCUUCUUAGAAUUUUACGUUACAUUUUCGCGAAUACUGUCACUGUGUUGUGUCUUGUGAGUUCAUCAAGAUGAGUACCAGUAAUUCAGGAAGCUCGCAGUAUUCUUCAUAUGUUGUUGAGGAUCAGCAAAUGUUGAAUGAUGUGGAAGCAGCUCUGUGUGUUGGUGGCAGCAACCUCAGCUCUGUUGCAACUUCCUCACAACUAAAUAUUGCAGGUAGCAGUGACAGUGGGAGCAACAACCGAGUGGUAGUGGUGGUCAACAGUGCAGGUACUCCAGUUGGUACGGCCAUACUCGACCACUCUGGUCGAAUGCUUGCCAUCAACACCGAUGGUAUUAGCACAGGAAACUCGUCAUCAGCGAUGAACCUGACCUCACUUGCCAGCAGCCAACAACAUCAACAAGUACUGGUGCCAGGAGAGGUGGCUGGCAGCACUAGCAUCACAGUCACUAAUGGCAGUAAUGCUGCACAUGCUGGACUCGCCAGCAGUGGCGGGCUGAUCAUCAAUGGGGAGUACACACAGGGUGGCUAUGAAGGCGCCUACCAACCAGCAUCUGCCAAGAGACUCUCACCGGCCAAGACCAAGGCAAAGAAAUAUGCCCGAACACCUGUUAAAACUCCCACAAGAUCAGAACACGGACAUGUCUCCAUACCCCGGAGAAGGUCAGCCCCGGCUGAUUUCACUCUACCACCAUACCCUACCUCCAGUACCCAGUACAGCUCCACCCAUCAACUACCUAACUCCUUGAAUCAUCAAUCUCAGGCAUUAAAUCAGCAACCUCACCCAUUAAAUCAGCAACCUCACCCAUUAAAUCAGCAACAUAAUCCAUUAAAUCACCAAUCCCAUUCUUCAAAUCAAUCUAACUCUUUACACCAACAAUCUAACCCUACCAAUCAGCAAACUAAUUCUACAAGUUAUAACGCAUCUGGAGGAAGCACAAACCCCAAUGCCCUCAAGUUAGAGGAUAAAAAAGAGGAAAGUUCCCCCAAAAAGGGGACGCUAUUAGGAAUGACGGAGCCGCUGGGAGCCAAAAGGAGGAAAAAUGCCAUGAAAAUCCCUCAUCACGGCAUGGAUGAGUUCCCUCACUUCCACCAUCUCACCAAGAGCCAAGUUGAGGGCCUGUUCAUGGUGCUGGGGCCCCACUACACAAACCCCGGUCGUCGGGCCCCGCUGAAGGACUUCGUGCUGGCGUCCUUGGUGCUGCUGUCCACAAAGGACUCCUAUAGGGAGAUGGCCGACCAGCUCGUUUUCAAGUCCCGCGGCUGGAUGCAUAAAACCAUCCACCUCUUCUGCAGCCUCGUCGUCGCCCACCUCAGCAGCGUCAUUGAGUGGCCGAGUGGAGGCGCGGUAGACGAGGCGACCCACGAGUUCCAGAACCUGGGUGGGGUGCCGGGGGUGGUGGGGGUGAUGGGGUCCUGCCACAUGGCCAUCACUAAAGCCCCUGUGGGCAAGUCCAGCAGCAUCUACUCCAAUGCCAUGCAGUUCCAUUCCAUACAUUUGCUCGCCGUCGCUGACCACAAGGCGAUGUUCACUUAUAUCAACGUGGGGCGGGCCGGCAGCCUGCACGAGUCUCAGGUCUACAAACGCAGCUCGCUGUGCCAGAUCAUCGAGCAAGAACCCCACGUCAUAUUCCCCCCCAACACCCACCUGGUGGCCAGUGCUGCCUUCCCCCUGGACGACCGGAUAUUAGUCCCAUACACCCAGCAAGAGACACAGACUCCCCAGCCCCCGGGGAACUCGAGACUCCAGAAGGAAUUCAACUCGCGGCUUCAGAUGACCAAGCGUCCUCUUGAGGAAGCCUUCCGUCUGCUGAGGGGCAAAUGGCAGCGUCUGAAGUGCCUUGAGAUGCAGCAAGUGAGCAGCAUGAGCCUGGCGAUCCGCACGUGCUGCAUCCUGCACAACAUCUGCAUGCAUAACGACGAGUAUCGCUCCUCUCCUGCCGCUUCUCUGCUCGAGGAGGAACAGUUCCACGAGCUCGAGUUCAUGGGCAACCCGCCGCUGAGUGCACUGCAGAAGAGGGAUCUCAUAGCCCACCAUGUGCAGAGGGAGGCCAUGUGUAGCUGAGCGUGUACAGAGGGAGGCCGUGUGCAGCUGAGCGUGUGCAGAGGGAGGCCAUGUGUAGCUGAGGGUGUGCAGAGGGGGCCAUGUGUAGCCGAGGGUGUGCAGAGGGGGCCAUGUGUAGCUGAGCGGGUGCAGAGGGGGCCAUGUGUAGCCGAGGGUGUGCAGAGGGAGGCCAUGUGUAGCUGAGCGUGUGCAAAGAGAGGCCAUGUGCUGCUGAGCGUGUGCAGAGGGAGGCCAUGUGUAGCUAAGCGUGUGCUGAGGGAGGCACGCGCUGUCUUCUUGUCACUCAUUUUAUUUUAUGACUUUAACUUUACUCUCACUAUAAUUGUACUCGUUGCCAGUUUUCAAGAUCAGUGGUCAAGUUGAUGAAGUUUUGGAGUCGCCGUUUGUAUUUAUGUAAAUAAAUAGUUUAUUCGCCAUAAUUGCAUCGGAUUCACAUAUCCUGAAUAUGAUUAUAGUGGAACUGGCUGCUGAAAACUGACACCGAAAUCAUGACCUCAGCAUACGAUUAUUAGCAUACGAUAAUACGAUCAGGAUGCGAUUACUCAGCAUUAUUAAAUUAUC